AUAAAUGGGUUUUUUUUGGAUUAAAAAAACAAUGUCCCGCGACAAGCCUGACUUUUGUAACCACUCCAUUCAAUCAAUAACCUGGGUUGGGGGCUGUUGUCCAUUCUCAUUUGGCGGGGAGUACGUAAACUGUGAUGCGGUUUCGCAUAUUUAGGCUCCUCUCACCAAGGGUGGCAAUGUACGCACCCGCAUCUCAGGCAAGCAAUGACUGUGCAUCCUAGCUUUUUUAUCCCCACUUUGCUUUCCUAAGCCCGGCUUGUCAAUCAUGAACUAUUUGCCACAAGGUUCCAAUCCCACAACUGCUGGAUUCACAUGUAAUACUUGUGGAAUCCGCUUUUUGUCAGCUGAAAUACAACGCCAACACAUGAAGACAGAAUGGCACAGAUAUAACUUAAAAAGAAAAGUGGCCGGUUUGCCAGGCAUCCUGUCCGAAGUAUUUGCAGAAAAAGUUUUGGCGUCCCAGAAAUCUGCGGACGAGGAGCCGGCCGACGAGGACGAGUUGGGAUUUCACAUAAACCACCGCAGAAGGUCUGGUAAAGGAGAAAGACAGUUGACGAAAAAGGAUUUAAAGCAAUUAGCUCGCGGGCAAGUUCGUGGCCGUAUCACUGUUGAGGAUAUUCCAUCAAUUCUGCAGAGAUCGCAGAGCCCAGCAGCUUCCGUCGCAUCCGAAUUCUCGGAGUUUUCUCUUGGUGAGUCCGUGAAUUUGUCAGAAGUAGAAUCUACCGUCGAUACCAACUCCGAGAUCAACUAUUCUGACGACAGCGAGUGGAGUCUCAUACACGAAAGUGAUGAAGACAGCUCAGGUACCGAUAUAGAAGAGGACCAUUUCGAUGAAGAGGCGACACAUGUACUUCCCAACCAUUACUGCUUCUAUUGUGGCAAGAACAAUCAUGAGAUCGAGCAAAAUAUUAAGCACAUGACCAAUAGGCACGCCCUAUAUAUACCCGAAAGAUCGUUCCUCGUCGAUCUAGCUGGUCUUCUCACGUUUAUCAAUGAGGUGGUUACCGUGGAUCAUGAUUGUCUAGUUUGCGGGUUUGACGGUAAAAGUUUGGAAAGCAUCCGGCUGCAUCUUACUUCUAAGGGACACUGUCGCAUUCCAUAUGAAACUGAAGAGGCUAGAGAGGUUGUUGCCGAGUUUUAUAACUUUGACACCGUUGAUCGCCAACCACUUAGAAUCAACAGUAUGAGGAAGAAGAAGAGCGUAGCCUUCCGCCCCGCUUCUGACGAUUCCGAAUACGAAGAUAUUGGAACUAGAGAAGAUGUUGAAGAUGCGACUUCUGAUGUUGUGCUACCUAAUGGUUCUGUUAUCGGUCACAGGGCAAUGGUCAGGCAGCAAAGGCCAAAUCGCCCCAUGGCCAGGGAGUGGAAUGAAUCGGAAAGGACAGUUGCAUUAGUAGACCGGAGGUUUGCCCCAGGUCUCACUGAUUUCCAGGUGUCGAAGCAAGAGAAGGAAAUGAGAAAAUUGGAGGCUAAGGCAAGAAACGUUCAUGAACGAAUGACUAAGCCAAGAAGAGUGAAUUUCCAGCGCCACUUUAGAGAUGAGAUGUUGGGUCAUUCUUAGCUCAUAAAAAUGCAGUUACUUUCUUGCCGCUGGAUUUUUUUGAUGAUCUACGUCAUUUAGUAUAUUAUGUGAUGAUCUUCGUGC